AUGCCGGCCAAGACGCCCGUCAGUUACCCCUCGGAUUCCGAGGCCAUCAUCGACUCUCGAGAUGCCGCCACGGAGUCUGGAUACGUGAGCGGCUCUUCCAGUGUAGACUAUAUCCCUGAGAUUGUCUUCACGAAGCCUCACCUCCAGUUUCUCAACCGCCAACUCCAGUUCCUCGAGCCCCAAGAUAUCCUGCGAUGGUGCAUCACCUCGCUCCCUCAUCUUUUCCAGACCACCGCCUUUGGGCUGACUGGACUCGUCACUCUGGACAUGCUUUCCAAGCUGGAUGUUCCCCGGCCACAGAUGGUCGACCUCAUCUUCCUCGACACUCAGUACCACUUUGCUGAGACUCUUGCACUGGUAGACCGUGUGCGGAAGAGGUAUCCCCACAACAACGUGCACGUCUACAAGCCCGCCGACGUCGAGAGUACCGCUGAGUUCGAGGCCAAGUAUGGUUCCCGUCUUUGGGAGACUGACGACCAACUGUACGACUGGGUCGCCAAGGUGGAGCCCGCCCAGCGUGCCUACCGCGAAUUGAAUGUCCACGCCGUCCUCACCGGUCGCCGCCGCAGCCAGGGUGGCAAGCGUGGUGACCUUGACAUCAUCGAGGUCGACGAGGCCGGCCUGAUCAAGGUCAACCCCUUUGCCAAUUGGUCCUUCGACCAGGUCAAGCAGUACGUCAAGGAACACAACGUUCCCUACAACGAACUUCUCGACCGUGGCUACAAGAGUGUCGGCGACUGGCACUCGACCCAGCCUGUCUCUGAGACCGAGGACGAGCGUUCCGGUCGCUGGAAGGGCAAGCCAAAGUCCGAGUGCGGUAUCCACAACCCCCGCUCCAAGUACGCCAUGUAUCUUAUGGAGAUGGAGCGCAAGCGCCAGGAGGAGGCUUUGACGCAGGCAUUGCAGACACAGCUGUCGCCGGCAGCCCAGUGA